AUGUCGCAGCCGUGCAAGGACAGCGACGCUAAGCUUCGAGCCGCCUGCGAUAGAUGUCACGAGCUCAAGAUUCGAUGCACUCGCACCGGAGGUACAGAAAGCCGCUGCGACAGAUGCGAGAAAAAUGACAUCGAUUGCGUCUAUCGGGCCCACCGCCGCAUCGGUAGACCCAAAAGUCAAAAGUCAAGAUGUGGGCCAAACACAACGGCUCGCCAAAACGAUACUACCACCAGAGGCCGUAUACAACAGGAGCAGCAAGAGCAAAUGGAUAUUUCUCCGCCAGAGAAUCGAGACUCUAUCAAUUCUGACUUUGACUUUUCCAUAUUCGAAGCCAGCGGUGCUGUAGAAUGGCACAGAUCGUCGGAUGUCAUUAAUGUUUCAACACACCAAGUGUCGUCUACUCACCCGCCUUUCAUCUCGCCUGAUUGUUCACUCUCUCAUGAGAGCUCAAUGAGUCAGACUGGUUCCGGAUCUCCUUUCAGUAUGCUCAAUAUUGGCACAAUGCCAGUCUGCGAUCUGGACCUCUCGACUCUCCAUGGGUACGGACCGUCGACAGACUUGGUCAGAAGCAUAAACCAUCGAAGUGGCUCUGAGAACGAGUCUAUGGAGGGCAAUGCAGAGCUUCAGAGCACACAGUCAGCAUCAGGAUCACCACAGGAAGAAGACCAAAUGCUUGAGGAUCGACUAUUGAGGCAUCAAGCCAAGCUACGGUGUUUAUAUUCAACUGUUGAUGCGACACGGAAUUUAAUAUCAACGACGAAUGACACAGUCUCCCACGGAGCACCUCUGGAUAAGGUCCUUGAGGCUAUAAUGGAGCUGGUGGAGAUCCUCCAGACCAACGCAAAUCAUACGUCGAGCAGCAGCAGCAGCAACAGCACCACGGUGGACGGACCAUCAGAAAUUCGCAACCAAAGUCGUUCUCGGCAAGACAUUGCCAACUUCAACGACAUCGCCAUUCUCCAUGUUUCCAUAUCAUACGCAUACAUCGUCAAGAUACUCGCACCAAUCAUCUUAUCUCUAGAGAAAAGCUCAGUCCCAGUUGGAUCAACAUCCUCGUCUACCUACAACGAUACCACGGCACAUCCUAGCUCAGCGAGUCUACCUUCCCAGACGGGUGGCCCUACCAAGCCCCGUACUGUUUCUGUUUCUCUUGGAAGCUUUAGUUUGGCCUCAAAACCAGCACUGAACGCGCAAAUCUUGCUUGGGAUGAUCUCCCGCAUGCUAGACCAGCUACACGACGCUACGCAACCCAUACUUAUGCAGGUCAGACACCAUCAUGUUCCGACGCAGCCAGUAGCAUUGCAGGAACGGGAACAUCACGAUGCGGCUAUGACAAGAGAACAACACGUAAGCACUGGGCACGGUCCGGACCGUCAUACCAGCCCUGUACUUUCUUCAGCACAAGCGGCAGUGGACUCGAUAAGAAAUGAGGAGAAGGAGUUGCUGGCAAAGUUGAACAAGGUGGGAAAUAGUACCAGCGCUACGUGGUAA